GACAAGGUCGGAGCCAGUCGCCGGCGAUUAGCCGGCCGGCGAUGGAGUGGUGGCAGAGGGCGGUCGUCGUGCCGGUGAAGCGCGCGUGGGUCGUCCUCGCCGCGCGGCUGCGUCGCAAGAAAGAACACGAUGGACGCGGCGUCCUGGUGAAGCUGCACGAAGACAUCCAGACGUGCGCGUACGAGGACGUGCAGGUGAUGUGGGAGAUCCUGCAGCGCUCGGAGACGGCGAGGUUGACGGCCGCGCCGCCGUCGCCGGGGAGCGCCCGGGCUCUGGUCUGGCUCGGCCGCGCCGCGCCGCCGUCGUGCCGCCGCCGUCGAUGACACGGUCAUCCACAGCUGAGCUCCCGGCUGGCCUCCCUGCCAUCGACUGGCCAUGAAUGCGAACCCCUUCAGCUGCUGUAUAGCUUUAGAUGCUGCACUCUUCUUUUCAUGAUGUAAAUAUUUACAGUUUCAAUACCAGUUUUGUUCUUUGCCG